GUUUGAUCUUCCGAUAAUUUUCCUUUUAGGAUUCGCUUAAGAUUUAUAUUAGAUCCAGUUUGGCUCAUGAAUGGAUUUUACAAUAUCGAAUUAUCUUUUGUGUCAAUUUAAUUGGACUCUAAUACUCUUUUUGGGAGCUUAUACUCUCAUUUGAUUGAUCUCCGACCAUAGAUCUAUUCAUCUUUACUGUUCUGUCUAUGACUCUUUUGAUGAAACAUGGUUUUUGUUUUUCCCAUCCGUGUGCUUACUCGCAUGUCUCGGCUGUGAUAAUUAAUUGAAUUAUUUGGUGUGUGUUUGUAACAUCUGAUUGGAGUGGCGAGGAUCUAAGCUUUGCUUGUAUUGGUUUCUGGGACGAAUCAACUGACUCGUGCUUGAAACUAUGCCUCCACAGAAGAUCGAGACUGGUCACAGCGACAUUGUCCAUGAUGUCGUCAUGGAUUACUAUGGAAAGCGUGUAGCUACUGCCUCAUCAGACUGCACCGUCAAGAUAACCGGAGUAAGCAACAGCGGCGGAUCGCAGCAGCUAGCUACCUUAACCGGCCACCGAGGUCCCGUCUGGCAAGUCGCUUGGGCCCACCCAAAGUUCGAUUCGCUACUGGCUUCGUGCUCUUACGAUGGGCAGAUCAUAAUAUGGAAAGAAGGAAACAACCAAAACGAAUGGACGCAGGCUCACGUCUUCAACGACCACAAAGUAUCAGUCAACUCCAUCGCUUGGGCUCCUCACGAGCUCGGACUCUCCUUGGCUUGCGGAGCAUCCGAUGGAAACAUUUCUGUUUUCUCAGCGAGAGCAGAUGGCGGUUGGGACACAACGAGGAUAGACCAAGCGCAUCCGGUUGGAGUCACCUCAGUGUCAUGGGCACCAGCGACGGAGCCAGGUGCGCUCGUUAGCUCCGGUAUGCACGAACCGGUUUAUAAAUUAGCGUCGGGAGGGUGUGAUAGUACGGUGAAGGUGUGGAAAUUCGCCAACGGGUCGUGGAAGAUGGACUGUUUCCCGGCGCUUCACAAGCACAAGGAUUGGGUGAGGGACGUGGCAUGGGCACCUAACCUGGGACUGCCGAAGUCGACGAUAGCAAGCGGGUCGGAAGAUGGGAGUGUGAUCAUAUGGACGGUAGGGAAAGAAGGAGAGCAGUGGGAAGGAAAGGUUUUGAAAGAUUUCAAGACGCCCGUGUGGAGGGUGACCUGGUCGUUGACUGGUAAUCUGCUGGCUGUUUCGGAUGGGAACAAUAACGUAACGUUGUGGAAAGAGGCUGUGGAUGGGGAGUGGGAGCAAGUCACUGUCGUUGAGCCAUAGAUACUGUUGUUGUUGCUGUUUGUUCGAUUGUCCUUGUUGUAGUAUCAAAUGUGUGUGGUUGGUUUCUCUAUACUUUUUUUUUCAUUUUCUGUAGGCACUUGUUUAAUCAUUUGAUGUUUCUUAGAAAAAAGACCAUAUAUGUUAUGUAUUUAUUAAUCAGAAACCAAAGAUUGCAAAAA